UCGCUUCCUUGAGAACCUCGGCCCCACAUUCCCCACUUUGCUGGAUGAUCUGUCCCUUCCCCACCCUCUAAAAUGUCCAAUAAUCUACAGAGGGUCUUCCUGAAACCCGCAGAGGAAAAUUCAGGCAACGCCUCACAUUGUGUUUCAGGCUGCAUGUAUCAAGUAGUUCAGACGAUUGGCUCGGAUGGAAAAAAUCUUCUGCAAUUACUUCCAAUUCCUAAUUCUUCUGGAAAUCUUAUCCCACUAGUUCAAUCUUCAGUCAUGUCUGAUGCUUUGAAAGGGAAUACAGGAAAACCAGUUCAAGUUACUUUUCAGACUCAGAUUUCCAGCUCUUCCACAAGUGCAUCAGUUCAAUUGCCCAUUUUUCAGCCAGCCAGUUCUUCAAAGUAUUUUCUUACAAGAACAGUAGAUACAGCAGAAAAAGGUAGAGUUACUUCUGUGGGAACUGAAAAUUUUACCUCAUCAGUUUCUAAAGUUAAGAGUCAUGGUGUGAAAAUUGAUGGACUCACCAUGCAAACAUUUGCUGUUCCUCCCUCAACACAAAAUGAUUCAUCUUAUAUUGUAGUCAAAACCCCGAAUCUUCCAAUGACUGUGAAGUCUCCAGUUUUGCCUUCCGGGCAUCAUUUACAAAUUCCAGCCCAUGCUGAAGUGAAAUCCGUACCUGCAUCAUCAUUGCCUCCUUCAGUUCAGCAAAAGAUACUUGCAGCUGCAACCACAAGUACCUCAGGAGCAGUUGAGUCCUCCCAAAUACCAACAGUUAUUUAUGUAUCUCCUGUAAAUACAGUGAAAAAUAUAGUUACCAAGAACUUUCAAAAUAUCUAUCCAAAACCUGUUAAAGAAAUAGCAAAGCCACUGAUACUAAAUACCACCCAAAUUCCAUCGAAAGUUGCUGCAGAGACACAAUUAAAAGGUGGUCAGCAUUCUCAAGCUGCUCCAGUGAAAUGGAUUUUUCAAGAAAAUCUACGGCCUUGUACUCCAUCUCUUGUUCCUGUUAAAUCUUCAAAUAAUGUGGCUUCAAAGAUUUUAAAAACUUUCGUAGAUAGGAAAAGUUUGGGAGAUAAUACUGUAAAUAUGCCACCAUUGAGUACCAUCAGUCCUAGUGGGACACAAUCCAUAAGUGUGCCAAUUAAAGAUAAUGCUUUGGUUAUGUUUAAUGGGAAAGUCUAUCUGUUGGCUAAAAAGGGGGCAGAUAUUUUGCCAUCACAAAUUGACCAUCAGAAUUCUGUUUCUCCUGAUAUUCCACUAAGAAAAAACACAUCACAGGUAGUGAGUUCAAGUCCAGUCACAGAAAUAUCCAGAGAGGUUGUAAAUAUUGUUUUGGCUAAAAGUAAAUCUUUACAGAUGGAGACAAAAUCACUUUCAAAUACCCAGCUUGCUUCCAUGAUUAAUCUAAGUGCAGAGAAGAAUAAAAUGUUCGAAAAAUCAUCUCUUUCUACCACAAACCCACAUAACAUGAAUCAAUCCAGUAACUACCUAAAACAGAGUAAGACUUUAUUCACAAAGCCAGUCUUUCCAGAUGGAUUUAGUACAGGACAGAAUGCCCCCAGAAAAGGAAAUACGAUCCAGAGCAUAGAGAAAAUAAAUUCCUCUGUUGAUGCAACAACUGUUACUUCACAACAGUAUGUUUUCAGAGACCAAGAAUCAAAGAUACAGAAUGAGAUGGCAUCAACAUUAGGAAAAGUCUCUCAAGGAAGAAAUGACAAGAAAGUCUCUCAAGGAAAUAGUGUUAAGGCAUCAUGUCUGAAGAGCGAUGCUGAAUUUAAAAAGAUAUUUGGUCUCACUAAAGAUUUGCGAGUGUGCCUUACUCGAAUUCCUGAUCAUUUGCACUCUGGAAAAAGUUUUGAUUCCUUUAGCAGUGUGAUGAAGAGUAGUACUAACACAGAGACAGAGUUUGUGGUGAAGGAACAAGAGAGAAAACAGGGUUUUAAUAAGAAAAGAAAAGCAAAAAACAUGAAGAAUAUGGAUCACACAAAGAAGAGAAAUACCGAGAGUACCUGCAACACAGUCAUAAAUGGGGUAACUAUUGUCACCAGUUCCCAACCCCUCUGCAGUGUUUUACCGACUUCAGAGGUAUCAAAAAAUAACAUUCCCACAAGCUGCAGCAAAACCAGAGAAGAAAAGAUAACUGAAGUAGAACACUAUUCCCACAAGAAGGAGGAGAAAGGUGCAUUGAGUUCAUAUGCAGCUUUUGAACAAAGUAAUUUCUUUAAUAAAAAAUAUACUGAAGAUAUUUUCCCAGUGACACCACCAGAAUUAGAAGAAACCGUCCGAGAUGAAAAAAUAAGAAGACUUAAACAAGUGCUAAGAGAGAAAGAAGCAGCUCUUGAAGAAAUGCGUAAGAAGAUGCACCAAAAAUAAUAAAAAUGUUACGUACUGAAAGACUUUAAUAUGAAAUAACUGUGUUUUUAAAAUAGACUUUUGUAUUAGUAUAUUAUUCCACCCUUAUCUACCAGGAAUGCUUUUCAAAUGGAAGGUUCAAAAGUGGAGAUAGUACUGAACCCUGUAUACAAGCACUGUAAUACUGUUGACAGUCACUCUGAUAACAGUUACAUAAGUGAAUAAUGGUCAAGUAGCAGAUAUAGAGUGGAUACCCUGGACAAAGGGAGGAUUUAUGUCUUGAGCCAGGGGAGUGUAAGAUUUCAUCACACUACUCAAAAUGACAGAAUUUUUUAAAAAGUUAUAAAUUAUUUCUUUCUGGAAUGUUCUGCUUUAAUAUUUCUGGAUAGCAGUUGAUGGUGGAUAACUAAAAUCACAGAAAGCAAAACUGCAGAUAAACAGCGGGACUAUUGUUUUUUUUUUUUUUGGAUUGAUUUUCUAAUUUAUUUUUUUUUUAAUUUUUUAUUGUUGGUUUUUCAAAACAUUACAUAGUUCUUGAUAAAUCAUAUUUCACACUUUGAUUCAAGUGGGUUAUGAACUCCCAUUUUUACCCCAUAUACAGAUUGCAGAAUCACAUCAGUUACACAUCCAAUAUUGUUAAAUUAUAGAUGUAUUCUGAAAAUGAAACCUGUUUAUAUUCUUUGACAAUGAAACCUGUUUUUUUUAUCAGUUGGUUAUAGAAUUUAAGAAAUACAGAAGAGGGUGAUUCAUGUAUGACUUGUGAAUAAUAUACAUGAGUUGUCUGAACCAUUUUCUUAGAUACCUUUUUCUGGAAGGAAAAAAUUUAUAUUUUUCUAUUAUUUUAACUGAAAACUUCCCAAGUUUGAAUAUUUGUAUAUAAGGUUUUUGUUAUUGUUGUAUCUUUAGCUAAAUUGCUCAGGUGUUACUCCAACAAUAGAUAAUUAGUGUGUACUAUUAAAAUUUUACAGUCCAAGAGAGGAAAUUAGCAGUAAACCUAAAUUUACCUUUACUUUAAAAGUACUCUCUUGGUCUCUUUACCUGUAAAAUAACGAUAACUUCUACCUACCAUUGUUGAUUUUUAAAAUUUCAUUAAAAAUGUAGUAUAGCAGCAUCAUUUAAGUAUUUAACCAUUUUUUCAAGAGGGAAGGACACCUGUUUUGUAAUUUGUCAGUUAUUUUAUAUAAUCCAAAAUAAUAUUUGGAAUUCAGGCUAUUUGAUAUAUUGUUGGCUUAAAGUGAUGUGUCUUUAGACAGCAGCACCCCCUUCUCCCUUUAUUCCUCCUUUCCCCCCUUUGGUAAUAUGUACAUAUGUUAUAUAGAUGGUGUAAAAAGUAUCAAUACUUUUUUUUUUUUUAGUAUCAAUACUUUUUACACUGUGAAAUGUAGUUUUUCUUAAUAGAGGAAUACAUUUUUCUUUUUUUUUUUUUUUAAUUUGGAGAGUUUGAACGUAGUGUGGGGAUAGAGAUUAAGAAGAGAGAAGAAUUAGAAAAUGAUUAGCAAAUAUGGGGGGAUAAGAUUUUUAAAAAUGUGUCGUGGCAACAACAGAGAAAAUAGUAAAUCAAAAAAUACUGAAUAGGAUUGAAAUAAUUACAUCAACUAGACUCUGCUGCAUUUUUAUUUUUACAAAUAGCUUUAUUGAGAUAUAUUUCACAUAGCAUUAAAUUCUCCCUUUUUAAAGUGUUUUUUAUUCUGUUCAGAGGUGUGCAACCAUCAAUACACUUUGAACACAACAGGAACAAGUCCUAUACCAUAGCCAUCACCCCAUUCAUUAUCCCUUCCUGUCUAAGUACCACUGUUUCUGUAAAACUGUCUGUUGCAAACAUUUCAUCUGCAUGGAGUCAUACAAUAUAUUUUAGUUUAGUUUAGUUUUGUUUUUACUUGGCCUAAUAUUUUCAAGUUUCAUCCAUGUGGUAGGAUGCAACAGCACUUCAUUAAUUUUUGCUGAAUAUAUUUUCUUGUAUGAAUAUAUAGUCAUCCCUCAAUAUCUGUGACAGAUUGGUUCCAGAACCCUUCCCAGGGAUAUCAGAAUCUUUGAAUAAUUAAGUUAUUUUAUAAUAUGGCAUAGCAUUUGCUAAUAGGCUACUUAUCUCCACCUGUAUAUUUUAAAUGAUUUCUAUAUUACUUGUAAUGCCUAGUACAAUGUAAAUUCUAUGUAGAUAAUUGUCCUUAUUGUUUAGGAAAUAUUGAAAAAAAAUAAAGUCUGUAUGUGUUCAGUACAGACAAAAAAAAAUCCAAAUUUUUGAUGCAUGGUUUGUUGUGGAACCUGCAGACAAAGAGGGCCAAUUGUAUCACACUUUGUUUUUCCAUUCAUCUGUUAUGGAUAUUUGGAUUAUUUCCACUUUGGGCUACUAAAAAUGUUGCUAUGAAUGUUUGUGUGCAAAUUUUUGUAUGAACAUAUUUUCAGUUACCUUGAGUAUGUACCUAGGCAUGUAAUUGCUGGGUUAUACAGUAACUCUGUGUUUAACAUUAUGUGGAACUGCUAAACAGUUCCAUUCAGUUUUGCUCCCUCUACUUAAAUAGAUCUUGUGAAGGUCCUCAGUGAUUUCCAUGUUAUUUAAUCUUAAGGUCACCUGUCAGUCUUCUUAAUAAUUUCAUAAACCAUUAAUAACUUUGAUAAAUAUUUAAAACAUUUAUUACAGAGUAAUGCAUGUUCAUUGUGGAAAAAAUUAGAAAAUAUAGCAAGCUAAAAAUCAAAUCUUCACAGUCCCAUCAUUGAGCAUUCAUCACUAAAGUUAUACAUUCACCUUAAUGUAUAUGCUUUCCAAUCUUCUCUGUGCUCCUAUAUGCAUGUAUGUUUUUUACCAAAAUAAGGUUUUUAUUUUUUUAUCCUGCUUUUAAAGUUAACAGUUUUCAGCCUUUCAAUAAACUUUCAUUUCUUACAAUAUUCACACCACAUUCACCUAUUUGACCGCAGGAUAUCAUUUUCAACUGUUUUUUUCCAAAGCAGAAUCAAAGUUAGGACUAUGUGUUUUAUUUAGCCGUUGUAUCAAUUUCUUUUUAUGAUAUUGAUUUGUUGCAAAGAACAGCCAAGUGUCCUGUUUCCUUUUACCUUGAUAUACAUUGAUUUCACUUCCAGUAGAUCACACUUCUGUGUCAGUGUGUGGCUCAUUUUCAGUCUCCUUUCUGGUUCCUUCUCCCCAGUUUCUUAAUAUUUAAGUGCUCUAGGUUUCAUUCCUUUGGUUUGCUUCUCUGCUUUUGCUCACUUUCUCAUCCAGUUCGUGGCUUUAAACACUAAAUAUUAACAACCAACAGAUUUUCUUUACUUUGAAAUCUCUGUCUUGGAUCCAGACUUUUAUAGCCAAAUGCUUAUUUAAAUCUCUAUUAGACAUCUAAAUAAACACCUCAGACUUUUGGCCAAAAUAGGACUUGUGUUCUUUCCCCAAACCAACUUCACCCACAAUUUUUUCCAUUUUAGCUGAUAACAAUAUCCUACCUGUUUCUAAAGCCAAAAAAACUUGUCAUUCUUUACUUCUUUCUCACACCCUGCCUUUACUUCAAAUUGGUUUGGUUUUGCUUUCAAAAUACUUCAAAUCUGACCACUUUUCAUCUUCCAUGCGCUAGGCCCUGGAGUGGAUUAUUAGUAGCCUCUUAAGCCCUCUCCCUCUUUUCUGCCCCUACAGCCUUGUCUCAGUACAACAACCAGUGAUCCUUUUGAAACAAGUCAUUCUUUAUUACAUGUCAGUGACUCCUAUCACAUGGAGUAAAAGUGAUGAGGGCUAGAGAUCCAACAGGAACAAAUUGAAUUAAAGUACAGCUCUUUGAACAUCCUUUGUACACAAUUGCAGUCUCAUGUCCUGCUUUUGUCUAGGUAGAGAAGUCAACUUUUCCUUAAAAAUUAUGAACUGAGAUUUGAAAGGAAACAGGAUUUAUGUAUUUAAAGUAAAACAAAAUGAAAAUAAAACAAUAAUUAGAAUAUUUAAUAAUUCACUUUUUUCCCAGACACUUUUUUUUUUGGUAUUUUGCCUAUAGUAAUUCACUAAUCUUAUAGAUAAGGAAGAGAAGACAACUGGUCCAAGGUCAUUGUCUGCUGUAAGGUAAAUGGAUAAGUAGGCUAAAAAUAAGUCAGUGGGCCAUUUCAGUGGUUGAGGUAAAAGCAACCCACUUUGAGAGUGGUAAAAAAUUUAUAUUUUUAAUUUAAUGGCUACUGGAUUUAUGACCAUAUUGAAUGUGGGUAAAGGGACAAAAGAAUUAAGCAUGACUAAAAGAUAUGUUUACUUGAGGAAUCGGAUGGAUAGUAAUACCAUUAACAGAGAAGACUGAAGAGGAGCUGAUUUAUAGGAAAUAGUGAACUCAACUUUGGACAGUUGGUAUUAAAGAAGAUAAAAGAAGAUAACAAAAUUGUGGGCUCCUUUUUGAGUAUUUUUAAAGUUUGGAAAAGAAUAAUCUUAAAAUUUUUUUUAAAGACUGGAAAGUGAUAACUUCCAUUUUAGUUGAUUUAUAGAUUCUUGGAAUAGUGUCUUACAUAUAAUAAGCAUACUAUCAGUGUUUGUUAAAUAAAUGCAAUUUAUUUAAUAGGCA